AUGGUGUUCUUCUCUCAAGCAGGAGGAUCAUACACUCUUCCUUCUCGAUCUGUUUGCUCCAAGACGGGAACUAAAUCAGUUUCUGGUGGUGGUGGCGUCAGAAAUUUGAGGAUGAAAGAAGCUUAUGUUAGCUCCUGCUCGCUCCUCAAAACAAGUCAUUAUGUUAAGAGGAUCAAGAGAGGGCAUCAGUUAAUUGUUGCGGCAAGCCCUCCGACAGAAGAGACUACUGUAGUUGAGACUGAGCCGCUGACGAGAGAGGAUCUCAUUGCCUAUCUUGCCUCUGGCUGCAAAUCAAAAGAUAAAUGGAGAAUAGGUACAGAACAUGAGAAAUUUGGUUUUGAGGUCAAUUCUCUGCGACCUAUGAAGUAUGAUCAAAUAGCUGAGCUGCUUAACAGUAUCGCUGAAAGAUUUGAAUGGGAAAAAGUCAUGGAAGGUGACAAGAUUAUUGGUCGACAAGAUUAUUGUUUUGUUGAUCAGGGGAAACAAAGCAUUUCGCUUGAACCUGGUGGUCAGUUCGAGCUUAGUGGUGCUCCCCUUGAGACGCUGCACCAAACGUGUGCUGAAGUCAAUUCACAUCUUUAUCAGGUAAAAGCUGUCGCUGAGGAAUUGGGGAUUGGUUUCUUGGGAAUCGGUUUCCAACCUAAAUGGCGUAGGGAGGAUAUACCCAUCAUGCCAAAGGCUAAUCUGGAUUUUAGCUCAGAAGCUGAUAUGAUCAGGAAGUUUCGUGCUAGUCUUGCUUUGCAACCUAUAGCAACGACUCUAUUUGCGAAUUCUCCUUUUACCAAAGGGAAGCCAAACAGGUUUCUCAGUAUGAGAAGCCACAUAUGGACAGACACUGACAAGGACCGCACAGGAAUGCUACCGUUUGUUUUCGAUGACUCUUUUGGGUUUGAGCAGUACGUUGACUAUGCACUCGAUGUCCCCAUGUACUUUGCCUAUAGAAACAAGAAAUCACCAAUCUGCUAUAGGUUUGAGCAGUUCCUUAAUCUUUUCUGUAACCCUUUGUGA